AUGUCCAAGAAGGGCCCCAGCGGCCGAGCCCGGGGGGAGAAGCUGGAUGCCCUGGCCGCCCUGCAGGCUGCCAAUGAAGAGCUGAGGGCCAAGCUCACCGACAUCCAGAUAGAGCUCCAGCAGGAAAAGAGUAAGGUCAGCAAGUUGGAAAGGGAGAAAAACCAGGAAGUGAAGCAGAUCAAAGAGCACGAACAGCAUAAAAGUACAGUGGUGGUAACAGAGCUCAAAGUCAAGCUUCAUGAAGACAAAAUGAAGGAGCUCCAAGCUGUUCGAGAAACGCUUUUGAGACAGCACGAGGCUGAACUGCUGAGAGUAAUAAAAAUCAAAGACAAUGAAAUCCAGAGGCUGCAGACGCUCCUCAACGCUGUGCGUGACGGGGCUCCCGACAAAGUGAAGACGGUGCUGCUGACCGAGGCCAAGGAGGAGGCCAAGAAGGGCUUUGAAGUUGAGAAAAUAAAAAUGCAGCAAGAAAUUUCAGAGCUGAAGGGGGCCAAGAAGCAAGUGGAAGAGGCUUUAACCAUGGUCAUCCAGGCUGACAAAAUUAAAGCAGCAGAGAUAAGGAGUGUGUAUCACCUGCACCAAGAGGAGAUCAGCAGGAUCAAGAGGGAGUGUGAGAGAGAAAUCCGGAGGCUGAUGGAGGAGAUUAAGUUUAAAGACAGAGCAGUCUACGUGCUGGAGAGAGAGUUAGGGGUGCAAGCCGGGCAUGCUCAGAGACUGCAGCUCCAAAAGGAGGCUUUAGAUGAACAACUUUCCCAGAUCAAAGAGGCUGAUCGGCAUCUGAGCAGCCCCAAGCGGGAACUUCCUUAUGCAAGUGGUGCAGGAGACGCUUCAGACCAUUCGGGAAGCCCCGAACAGCAGUUGGAUGAAAAGGAUGCCCGGCGAUUCCAACUGAAAAUCGCGGAGCUGAGUGCCAUCAUCAGGAAGCUGGAGGACCGGAACGCGCUGCUCUCGGAGGAGAGGAACGAGCUGUUGAAGCGUCUGCGAGAAGCUGAAAGUCAGUAUAAGCCCAUUCUGGACAAAAACAAGCGUCUUAGCAGGAAGAACGAUGAACUGUCACAUGCCUUACGUCGAAUGGAAAACAAGCUAAAAUUUGUGACACAAGAAAACAUCGCAAUGAGGCAAAGAGCUGGAACAAUAAGGAGACCAAGCUCUUUGAAUGACCUUGACCAGGAAGAAAGGGAAGUUGAUUUCCUGAGACUACAAGUUAUUGAACAGCAAAAUAUCAUUGAUGAGCUCUCCAAGACACUGGAAACUGCUGGCUACGUGAAGAGUGUCAUGGAACGCGAUAAACUGUUGAGGUAUAGGAAGCAACGGAAAAAAAUGACAAGAAUUCCUAAGAAGCCGGUUGUGGAGACAUUCUUUGGCUACGAUGAAGAAGCUUCCUUGGAGUCUGAUGGUUCCUCUAUCUCGUAUCAAACUGACCGCACAGAUCAAACCCCUUGCACGCCUGAGGAUGACUUGGAAGAGGGCAUGGCCAAGGAAGAGACAGAACUGCGGUUUCGGCAGCUGACGAUGGAGUACCAGGCUCUGCAACGAGCAUACGCCCUAUUGCAAGAACAGGUCGGAGGAACAUUGGAUGCAGAACGAGAAGUUAAGACACGUGAGCAGCUCCAAGCAGAAAUACACCGGUCGCAGGCUCAGAUCCAGGACCUGGAGAAGGCCCUUGCAGAGCAGGGACAGGACAUGAAGUGGAUUGAGGAGAAGCAAGCGCUGUAUAGAAGAAACCAGGAACUGGUAGAAAAGAUAAAACAAAUGGAAGCAGAGGAAGCUCGCUUGAAACAUGAUGUCCAGGAUGCGAAGGAUCAAAACGAGCUCCUGGAGUUCAGGAUCUUGGAGCUUGAAGAGAGGGAGCGGCGAUCACCUGCCAUCAACUUCCAUCACGGUCCCUUUACAGAGGGGAAAAGCCCUCUCCAGGUGUACUGCGAGGCAGAAGGUGUAACAGACAUAGUAGUAGCAGAGCUGAUGAAAAAGUUGGACAUUUUAGGGGAUAACGCCAAUCUGACCAAUGAAGAGCAAGUAGUUGUCAUACAAGCAAGGACUGUCCUCACGCUGGCUGAAAAGUGGCUACAGCAGAUCGAAGUCACGGAGUCUGCGCUGCAGCAGAAGAUGCUGGACCUUGAGAAUGAAAAGGAGCUGUUCAGCAAGCAGAAGGGUUACCUGGAUGAUGAGCUUGAUUUCAGGAAACAGUCCUUGGACCAAGCUCACAAGCAAAUUCUGGAAUUAGAAGCCAUGCUCUAUGAUGCCCUGCAGCAAGAAGCUGGAGCCAAAAUCUCCGAACUUCUUUCAGAAGAGGAGAAGGAGAAGCUGAAGAGCGCCGUGGAGCAAUGGAAGCGGCAGGUGAUGAGCGAGCUCCGGGAGAGGGAUGCCCAGAUCCUGCGGGAAAGGAUGGAGCUCAUUCAGCACGCACAGCAGAGAAUUAAAGAGCUAGAAGAAAGAAUUGAAGGCCAAAAAAGACAAAUAAAAGAGUUAGAGGAAAAGUUUUUAUUUUUGUUUUUAUUUUUCUCUUUAGCUUUCAUUCUUUGGUCAUAG